UCGGGCAUCCGGCCCACGAAGAGAGAGCGGCUUCUGCCUACAGCUACAGGCGGCCAUCCGAUACCUGCCCUGCUCCGUUCGUCUUCUCUUCAGACCCCAAUCUCUCCGCCUCGCACACCUUUCCUCUCCGUGCGCAGCCGGAGCUGGUGGAGCGCCGACUGGCGGACGGCCAGCCCUCUCCUACUGCGGCGACGAAUCGCUCUUAUAAGCAAGCAGUAAUGGAGGAAGAAGAGGAACCACAUCUUCCACUAGACAUCAUCUACAAGAUCCCAGAAUACAUAUCCGAUCCAGUCUCACUAGCGCGUGUUGCUUCAUCCUCCAAGUUAUGGCGCUCUAUCAUAAAAGAGACUGCCUUUCUUGAUGGCCUCAUGACACGGCACCUCGACCAUGAUUUCACCUCGUCCCUCCUCCUUGGCUUCUUCUACCAGGACAAUGCCGAGGCUCCUGACCACUUGUGGCAGCAUCACAGGGACAAAAAUCGCUGUUUGGCACCGAGCUUCAUGCCCACGUCUGAAUUGUUACCAUUUGCUGGCUGUAAAGAGGGUUACAGUCCAACCAGCCCACUGUCCCUUGGCAACUUCAUUCAGGGUAUUAAUUCAACCCUCAAUUUUUAUGAGCCUGUUGCAUCCCAAGACAGCUUCCUGGUCCUCUGCCAUCACUCGAAAGACGCCGAAGGUGAUCCCAAGCCAGAUGUGGUAUGCGUAUGCAAUCCUCUCACCGGUAAAGUGUUUCAUCUUCCUGGCCUUCCAUACAAGCCACCACACCACUAUGCUUUGCUUGUCACUGAUGAUAUCAACCUCGACGGGCGGAUGACACAAUCCUUCCGACUGGUGGCCCUUUGGAACAUAGGAAAGAAGUUUAUCUAUGUGUACUACUGUUCAAAGAGUAGAGCAUGGUGGAGGCCUGCAGGCUUCCCUGAUCUAAUGGCUGGCCUGUUCCUGGUGUCAUCAUCCCCAGCUGCUGCUUCCCAUGGUGCCAUCCAUUGGAUCUGCGGAUGCUGGAAAAGCUUGGCACCCAGUCAUGUUGUGACGCUACAUGUCGACGGGGAAGAGCUGUUAUACCUGGAGCUCCCAUCUGAAGCAAAGCGCAACAAGACACCAUUGCUGGCAAAUUCUGCAGACGGGGGGCUUCUGUUGCUGCUCAUGAAGGGUCUUCACAUGUCGGUGUGGAAGCAUAAAGGUACUGGUACUGGCAAUUGGGUUCGUUCUGAGACGAUCGAUAUGACAAGUUCCUUGCCCAUGCGGGUGCUUAAGAUGCAUGCCAGUGCAAAGAUCAGAUUGGAGAUUUUCCGAGGGAAGAGUGGUGUGGUGGUGCUAUGGAUCGAAGGGGAAGGUCUCUUCACGUUCAGCCUUGGCGAUCGGUCAAUGAGGAAGAUUGACAACGAGCAUGUCACAAAGAAGUACCGGUUCUGCCCAUAUGAGAUCGAUUGGCUAUCCUGCCUUGCAGUCACAAACCUCGUCAGCGAUGGCUUGCUGUCGCUUGACACAGAAAGGGAAAAAGCUCAAUGCAGAUGGACGUCUUUGGUGGCAGACAAUAUUCCGAAAAGCAGAUGACCAUAUAAUGUCAAGGUAUGAGUUACAUAUGGUCUGUCAGUGGCAUGUCAAUGAUGGCUUCUGAAUUACAUUUCUAGUUCCAAGACAAGAGUCUCCUGAUUGGAGGACAAGAUGGGGUUAAACCAUAUGAUUUGUGAAAAAGAGAUCACUGCAAUGGUUGAUGUAUUUGCGGGUAUUGGUGGGUGUGGUCACUUUGUUCUAGUAUUGGGCUUAGUUUUGUGCUAUUCCUUUUAGUUUUAUACCUUUAUGCCAGCUCGAAGCUUUGUAAAAUAAAAGGCAGUUAAAGUUGAUAGCUGGAGGUUGGGUUGGUUUGUUCUGCUCAUGCACUAAGACCUAGUGCUUUGUGACUAUCAGUUUGGAACUGAAUUAAAACAGGUGGUGACUUCUGUAAUUUUGUUUCAAUUAAGUAAUGAUGAAAUCCGUUUUACCUGUCCAGGCAA